UGCAGCGUACGGUCAAUGUUAAACGACGUCGGUUUAAGUUGUGGUACGGAGAGUGCAGAGGAUGAUACGAUACGACGUCGUUUGAGGUUCGUAUCUUCGGGAAAGGGAAAAGACGAGUUGAGUUGCCGCCGGAGAGAGAAGAUAGAGGGUUGAGUCGAUGGAGACAGAGGCGGAGACAACGGGCUCGAGGCAGGAAGGCCUAAGUCCUAAUCACAGCGCCGGAAACGGGAAGGACGCCCGGAGAGAUGGUGAAAAUGUCGCACCGACUACAACCCUAAAACAACCUUCUGAAAUGGCUCAAAUGGUUUGUGGUUCUUGUCGCCGCUUGCUUUCUUACCCACAAGGAACCAGACAUGUUGAGUGCUCUUGUUGUCAGACAGUCAAUUUUGUGCUAGAAGCUCAUCAGGUCGGGCAAGUGAAGUGUGGCAGUUGUGCUGUGCUGUUGAUGUACCCAUAUGGAGCUCCAUCAGUCAGGUGUUCCUCUUGCCGUUUUGUCACCGAAAUUGGGGUGCAUAAUAGACGCCCUCCAUUAUCUGUACAGCAAGGACACCAAUUGCCCGUACAUUCCUACACUGAUAAUUAAACUGCCUACAUCUGUUGGCAGACGAGCUUGGGGAUCCCAACCUGUAGCUUCAACCUUUUUUCUCGUCUUUACUGCUGAGUCUAGUGGGUGCUUGAUGACAGAUUGACAGUAGACUACACACUUGUUUUUCUAAAUGCAGAGAAUCCUGCUUGUACAGAAAAAGUGAUGAUUUCAUUAUUUUCUUAAUCAAUUAACAAUCUCGUGCAAACCUUACAGUUCCAUUUUUGCGUUUUUGCAGUCCCGUCAUAAUUCAUAUGAUCUGUAUUUUUGUUG